ACGCCCCAGCCGCUGCUUCGGCUCGGCAGGCAUCAUGCUGCGAAUCUCUCUCUUGCGGCUACUAGGACGUACAGGGCUAAGUAGGGGUCUGUGCCUACAGGACUCGAGGCUACGCCACUACAGUUCAUGUCCUCUCGGUGCCCGCGACGAUGCCCAGGACGCGCGCGCCUACUUCACAACACCUAUUUUCUACGUGAACGCGGCGCCGCACAUCGGACACCUGUACUCGGCGCUACUAGCGGAUGCCCUGUGCCGCUACCGUCGCCUCCGAGUUCCCAGCGCCGCCGCCACGCGCUUCUCCACCGGUACCGACGAGCACGGCCUGAAGAUUCAGCAGGCGGCAGCCACUGCAGGCCUGGCCCCAGCCGAGCUGUGCGACCAAGUCUCUGCCCAGUUCCAGCAGCUUUUCCGGGAGGCUAGCAUCUCCUCCACGGACUUCAUCCGCACCACCGAGGCCCGGCAUCGGGUGGCUGUGCAGCACUUCUGGGGGGUGCUGAAAGCUCGGGGUCUGCUCUACAAGGGGCUCUAUGAAGGUUGGUAUUGCGCCUCCGACGAGUGCUUCCUGCCUGAGGCCAAGGUCACCCGGCAGCCGGGCCCGUCGGGGGACUUGUGUCCUGUCUCUCUCGAGAGCGGGCAUCCCGUCUCCUGGACCAAGGAAGAAAACUACAUUUUCAGGCUUUCCCAGUUUCGGGAGCCGCUCCAGCGGUGGCUACGGGGCGACCCUCGGGCGAUCACCCCCGAGCCAUUCCAUCACGCAGUCCUUCAGUGGCUAGAGGAGGAGCUGCCGGACCUGUCCGUCUCUCGCAGGAGUAGCCACUUGCACUGGGGUAUUCCGGUGCCCGGGGACGAUUCGCAGACCAUCUACGUUUGGCUGGAUGCGUUGGUCAACUACCUUACUGUAAUCGGCUACCCAAAUGCUGAGUUUAAAUCUUGGUGGCCGACCACCUCUCAUAUCAUAGGCAAGGACAUUCUCAAAUUCCAUGCUAUCUAUUGGCCUGCCCUCCUCUUAGGGGCUGGCAUGAGCCCACCACACCGCAUCUAUGUCCACUCUCACUGGACGGUCUGUGGCCAAAAGAUGUCUAAGAGCUUGGGCAACGUGGUGGAUCCUAGGUCUUGCCUUGACCGCUAUACUGUGGACGGUUUCCGCUACUUUCUCCUUCGGCAGGGCGUCCCCCACUGGGACUGUGAUUACUAUGAUGAAAAGGUGGUUAAAUUGCUAGACUCUGAGCUGGCAGAUGCUUUGGGAGGUCUCUUGAAUCGAUGCACUGCCAAAAGGAUAAAUCCUUCCGGGACCUACCCGGCCUUCUGCACUACCUGCUUUCCCAGUGAGCCAGGGUUGGUGGGGCCAUCAGUUCGUGCUCAGGCAGAGGACUAUGCUCUUGUGAGUGCAGUGGCCACUUUGCCCAAGCAGGUAGCAGACCACUAUGAUAACUUUCAGAUCUAUAAGGCUCUGGAGGCAGUGUCCAGCUGUGUCCGGCAAACUAAUGGCUUUGUCCAAAGGCAUGCACCGUGGAAGUUAAAUUGGCAGAGCCCAGUGGAUGCUCCCUGGCUGGGUACUGUGCUUCAUGUGGCCUUGGAAUGUUUGCGAGUCUUUGGAACUUUGCUCCAGCCCGUCACCCCAAGCCUAGCUGAUAAGCUGCUAUCCAGGUUGGGGGUCUCUGCCACAGAGAGGGGCCUUGGAGAGCUCUAUUUCUUGCCUCGAUUCCAUGGACAUCCCUGCCCUUUUGAAGGGAGGAGGCUGGGAUCUGAAACUGGGCUCUUGUUUCCAAGACUGGACCAGUCCAGGGCCUGGCUGCUGAAAGCCCAUAGGACCUAGAAACUCAUCUUAACUGGCUUGUGGUAAAAAGGCAAAUGUGUUAUUUUCUUAUUUUGCAUUUUCAGGAAAGUUAUAGUAAAUGUUUUCUAAAGUGUUGCAUCAAGUGAGCAUGUAAGCGAUGUCCCUGUGAAAAGGGGUUUGUAGCUUUUCAGGUGCUUAUCUCUACUCUUCAGUUCUCUGUGCCCAUUAACCACUGUCCUUUGCACACCAGUGUCUCUAAGAUGUCUCCAGGGGAAAGAUGGGUAAGAGACAACUUUGCUGAUACUAUUCCUUCUCAUUGUGCCUCCCUCCAAACCACAGUUAUGUUAUUUGCCCAACUACCUCUCAUGGCUUGUUUUUCAUUGGCUUGGCCACUGCUGGGCAAAUUAGUGAGAGUGGGGGUUGGAGGCCCCCCUACCUCGUCUUUUACAGGGCAGCCCUCCUUUGUUAUAUAUGUUGGGUCCCCUGUUAAAAAGAGAUUCUUUUAUUAAAACCUUAAAAACCAGUGUCCUAGACUAGAAGAUUUUUGCCCAUGUUUAUAUUUUCAGUUCUUAAAACCAUGACUCCCUACUUUGUUAGUUAAUAGUCUCAAUAGUUGUACUGUGUAACAUUACAUUUCAGCCAGUAGAUGGCUCUAGUCUCACAUAUUUAAUUACCUAACAUUGAGGUUUCAGAAUAUUUAGAAUAGUUUUCUGCUUUCUAAUUUUGCUGAAUUUAAAUUUGAAGAAAAUUUUUAUUGCCUUUUUUCUUUUCAUGAGUGAGGAAGAUUGUCGCUGAGCUAACAUCUGUGCCAGUCUUCCUCUAUUUUGUAUGUGGGAUGCCGCGACAGUUCUGUGACAGGGAUGAUGCGUCUGUAGGUCUGUGCCUGGGAGCUGCACCUGCAAAACCCGGGCUGCCGAAGUGGAGCACGCGAACUUAACCACUAUGCCACCGGGCUGGCCCCAGCCUUUUUUAAAAUAAGGGAAAACUGCAGCCACUACUGUUUUAUAGAAAGCAAUAAACAAAAGAUCAGAAUCCUCAGUUUUUUUCAGACUACUGAAAAUGGACAUUUACUGUAUUAAAUGUUUAGUAUGCUAGUAAGUAAAUGUAUCAAGUUUGGACAAUCUAUGAUGGAUUAUAAAGCUCUCUUGGGGUACUUGGUAUGUUAAAAAUUUUAAACUUUAAUAACGUUAGAUUUACGGGUAUGAUUUAAAAAAUGUGUAAGUAGCCUCAAAGGGCAUUUUUUUUUUUAUAUUUCUUAGUCUUAAUUUUGUUAUCUAUGUAUAUAAUUUACCUUACAUGAUUUCUUUUGGUCUAUCAGGGACUAUAAUGUAUAGAAAUUGUUGAAUAGUAAUUAUAAGUGUUAAUAUAUUUACUUUCAAGUAUUUUUUUACUGAUUAUUUCUUUUGC